CUAUGGAGCUCUUUGAGCCCACUCGUCCGAUAUUUAAAUCAGCCCGAUCGCAAAUCAAACCGCGACUAUUUUAAUUAAGAAGACAAAAUGAUACCCGACCCGCACUCUGACCGGCUAAGCCUGGGGUGUCAAACUUAUAUUAGUUAGUGGGCCGGAUUUGUUGGAAUGAGACCUCAUGGGGGGCCGUCAUUGUCAAGGAUGCCGUAUGAAACCUGCUGGCGGGCCUGAUCUGGCCCCCGGGCCUUAUGCUUGACACCCCUGGAAUAAGCCUACGUACAAAAUAUGAAUUGCAUGUGGAAUUUCCGUAACCAUGUUGAAGAGGGCGACAUCACCCGAACCAUUCAGGUCAGAGAAAAGACUGAAGCAGGAAAGACCAGACUCCCCUGCACCCAGCUGUCUAAAUGUUCUAAAGCAGGAGAGGUCAGACUCAUCUACACCAAGCUGUACAUCAAAGGAUCUACCUGAUCAAUUUAAACUAGCAUUAAGACUACUUGACUCAAGUGAGCUGACUACCAGUCUCCUGACAAAGGGCCACUUCACAUGCUCCGUGUGUACGGAAGUGCUGAAGGACCCAGUCUCCAUCCCCUGUGGACACAGUUACUGCAGGCAGUGCAUCACCUCAUACUGGGCCCAGCCUAACCAUGCAGGACACUAUGCCUGUGCCCAGUGCUCACAGACAUACAGCUCCUGUCCUGCACUUUACACAAACUCAGCCUUAGCAGUAGUGGUCCAGAAGCUCCAGCACUUCAGUCCUGUUUCUCCUGAUCAUUGCUAUGCUGGUCUUGGAGAUGUGGCCUGUGAUUUCUGCACUGGGAGGAAACUCAGAGCUGUGAAAUCCUGUCUGACCUGCUCUGCCUCCUACUGUGAGUCUCACAUUAGGCAGCACUACACAGUUGCAGCACUGCAGAAACACACACUGGUAGAACCCCAAAUCCAGGAACAAAAGCUCAGUCAGCAGCACGACAUCAAAAUCGAAGACUUUAAAUGUAUUGAGGGUGAAGACCUAGAAUGGCUUUCAUAUGGCCUAUGGUCUCCAGAUGCAGAUCAAAGUAUCCAGCAAGGGACACUGGACCAACGAGUGAAGCUGGAGAAAUCAGACUCUCCUGCACCCAGUUGUGUGACUCUGAAGUCAAUGGAUCCACCUGAUGACUUUCAGCGGGAAUCCAAACCUGAUUCAAUUGUGAAGCUGGAGAGGUCAGACUCCCCUGCACCCAGUUGUGUGACUCUGAAGUCAAUGGAUCCACCAGACGACUUCAGAGGAGAAUUUACACCACGUGACUCAAGAGUGAAGCUGGAGAAAUCAGACUCCCCUGCACCCAGUUGUGUGACUCUGAAGUCAAUGGAUCCACCUGAUGACUUUAAGCAAGAAUCCAAACCUGAUUCAAUUGUGAAGCUGGAGAGGUCAGACUCACCUGCACCCAGCUGUGUGUCUCUGAAGUCAAUGGAUCCACCAGACGAAUUCAAAAAAAGAGGAACAUUUACACCAUAUGAUUCAAGAGUGAAGCUGGAGAGGUCAGACUCACCUGCACCCAGCUGUGUGUCUCUGAAGUCAAUGGAUCCACCAGAAGACUUCAGGGGAGAAUUUACACCACGUGACUCAAGACUGAAGCUGGAGGGGUCAGACUCACCUGCAGCCAGCUGUCUGUCUCUGGAUCAACCUGAUCACUUCAAGGAUACAUUUACAAGUGACUUUAUAGCCAAUCUGCUGACAAAGGACCACUUCAGGUGUUCUGUGUGUACAGAAGUGCUGAAGGACCCAGUCUCCAUCCCCUGCGGACACAGUUACUGCAGGCUGUGCAUCACCUCAUACUGGGCCCAGCAUAACCAUGCAGGACUCUAUGCCUGUCCCCAGUGCUCACGGACAUACAGCUCCUGUCCUGCACUUUACACAAACUCAGCCUUAGCAGUGGUGGUCCAGAAGCUCCAGCACUUCAGUCCUGUUUCUCCUGAUCACUGCUAUGCUGGUCUUGGAGAUGUGGCCUGUGAUUUCUGCACUGGGAGGAAACUCAGAGCUGUGAAAUCCUGUCUGACCUGCUCUGCCUCCUAUUGUGAAAUCCAUGUCACAGAGCAUUACACAAUUCCAGUAUUGCAGACACAUAUAUUGACAGAAUGUACACACCAAAACCCCCCGGAUAUAAAGCAAACCCCCCCGGAUAUUAAGUAUUAUAUUAAGACUGAAGAGCUAAAUCAGGUGAGUUUUGUCUGUGUUUUGUGGAAGUAUUGUUAUCAGUUCAAAGAAAUUCUAGUUCCCCUGUAGAUUCUGUCUGAAUGCAUUUAGUGUUGCCAAUACUUUAGAGACAGGAUGAGCUUGGGGACCAGAUGGAAACCACUCAGCAACUCUUUUCACUUAUAAGCAGGGAUUUUGGGGAGCUAGGAGGCAUGACCAAAUAGUAAAACGUAACGUGAUGCACAGUUUUUCUAAAUGCAAACAACGAGGUGCUUUGACAAUGACAGAGGAGAAUUCACCUUUAAUGGGAGUUUACAUGCUUUGUUUUAUCGCUGGAUUUUAGGAUAUAUGGCAUCCAAUUAUAUUCUGAUCUCCAUUUCAAGUGUUCUAGCAGGCCUUAAACAUGAGUGGAAGCUUUGUUGUCCGUAACGUUACAAAUUGCCUGUCAAGGUUUGAUUAAUUUGAAUGACUAUCAGUUGACUUUGAAACAUGUCCCUUACUUUGGAUAGACACCUGGAAUAUUACAUGUACUUACUGCAGUCUUGAAAUAUUAAACGAUUUUAUCAUAUGGUAUGUAGGCUGUUUGAUUGGUAUUGAUAUUGCUAAUGGUGGUGGUAUGCUGCUAACAGAAAGUUAACUGCCAAUACUGCUAAUGUUAAUGAAUGAAUAGGAACAAACACAUAUUUUGAGCUCCUGUCUCUGUUGUCCGUCACAUGAUUAUUCUUUCCUGAAAUGACAUAGCUAGGCUACGCUUCACCGUAGCCUACAUUUACUGGUGCUGAAAAAGAGCAAUAUUCUAAAGGGGUCAAUAACAUUAAACAAAAGAGUAGCCUAAGGUUAACCUAACAUUUGGUACCUCAGAUAUUUGCUGCUAGUUAGCUGGUGAGUAGCAACUGAACAAUUUGAAAGUCAUGUCAUGUGGCCGAAGA